AAAAAGGACCCGAUUAAGUACAUCAGUUUGUUGUAUUAACGCGUCGGAUAAUCAACACGCGAGCGUUAAUUUAUCAUUUGCGAAGUGGAUGGAUACAUAUCGAUAUUAACUAGUUCAUAAGAUGAUUAAUAAAACACCGACAGCGAGAAAAAAUUGUUAGUUUCGCGAAAAUAUUUCUGUGUGUGGUAAUUAGCUCCCGAGUUUACUGGACGUUCAUAUAAGUGUGAAUUGUGGCGCGACGAUGGAGAAAAAAAUUGCCAAAGAAUUAUCAUCCAAAGAACGAAUUUGGAAUAGCGAUGAAUUCUCCUAUGGUGUAAUUGGCCAAACCUCUAAAAUUAAAUCAAUUAUCGAUGGCACUAAAAAGAAACCAGAAGAAACACAAGAAGAGGACGAUGUAGUCUCGAAAGCAAUAGGAGAGUUCGGCAGGUGGCAACUGCUCAUCACACUGCUCCUCUCCCUUUUUAACAUACCAUGCACGUGGCACAUAUUCGCGCCAACUUUUCACGUUGGAGAAAAAAGAAACGUUUGGUGUGCGCGGCCAGAAAAUUUUAAAGACGUCCCAUUUAGUGAGUGGAUGAACUGUAGUGGACAAAGUGAACAAGAAUAUUGUACAGUUUUAGACGUUACCGGAAUAAAAGACAUUAAAACAUUGUGCAGUGCGAGUAUAAAUGCUUUAAAUAGAGUCAAGUGCAACAGUUGGGAAUUCGAUGGAGAAGGUUCCAACAUAAUCUCUGACUUCAACCUAGUCUGUGAUAGGAAAAGUUUACAAAAUUUAGCCGAAAUGAUGUUCCUUGCCGGAGUCGCUCUUGGAGGUCUUGUCAGUGGUAUCAUCUCUGACAAAUAUGGAAGAAAAAGGACGUUGAUGAUAUCUGUUACUCUACAGACCAUACUCGGUACCGCUAUCGCAUUUACUCCUUGGUUCUUCUUAUACGUCAUUCUAAGGGCGUUUUUGGGAUUCAUCUCCGUAUCUGUGGUAUUCAGUGGUUUCGUGCUGUCCAUUGAACUUGUUGGAGGAGAAUGGAGGACUGUAACUGGCAUCUCGUAUUUACUUCCAGUGUCUAUGGGCUACGUGACCGUAGCUGGUAUAGCCUGGCUGUUACGAGAUUGGAGACAUUUUCAGCUAGCAAUAUCACUUCCAGGAUUUCUCUUCAUUGUACUUUGGUGGGUCCUUCCCGAAUCCCCAAGGUGGCUUCUCGUUCUUGGAAAAACAAAACUAGUAAAAAAUAUUUUGGAAAAAGCAGCCAAAUUCAACCGAAGACCUCUUCCACCCAACCUGGACAAACUAUUGCAGCCCGAGACGAGUUGCGAAUCGAUUGAAGACGUUUCUGUGUUUGACUUGUUUAGGGUGCCAUCUUUAAGGAAAAAAACAUUCUGUCAGUUCAUGAUUUGGUUCAGCGUAUAUUUGGUGUAUUACGGAUUGGUGCUUAAUCUUGGAAAUAUUGGAGGAAAUCUAUACAUUAACUCGGCUCUACAAGGCGUAGUCGAGAUCCCUGCAAUAGUAAUCAGCAUCUAUUUUCUUCUCAAGAAAGGUAGAAGGUGGCCACUUUCCCUAACAAUGAUUACAUCUGGAAUAGCCUGCAUACUCACCUUCCCCAUAUACUUCCUGGACAGUAAUCUCCAGUGGGUAAUAACUUCACUAACGAUGAUUAGCAAGUUCUGUAUCAGUUCGUCAAAUGCGACUACGCCUGUUUUUGCAGCCGAACUGUAUCCAACUACUAUCAGAAAUAUUGGCGUAGGAGCUGCCAAUGUCUCAGCUGGGAUUGCUUUAAUGUUGGUACCAUAUUUGUGGCUACUGUCUUCCUUCCAUCCAAGUCUGCCCAUGACAGUCUUAGCAGCAUUCGGCAUAUUGGGGGGUCUUUGCGUUCUGCUUCUACCUGAAACAAAAGGUGUUCCAUUACCAACUACGAUCAAACAAGAAAUAGAAGGACGGAAGAUGUCACUAGCUGGACCCAACAAGAAGAUUAACAACAACUGUUCAGCAUAGCGGCUACUGCAGGGGAAAUAGUGUACAAAAAGACAAGAGACUUGCCUCAUGAACAAAUCUAAGUAUGAAUACAUUGUCUUAGACCAGAGGUUCUCAAUCUGUGGUACAUGUACCACUGGUGGUACAUAUCAUUAUUGGCGGUGGUACACAAAACACAGAAAAAAUUAAAAUAGUAGUACUUAGUAAGUAUUGAUAAUACAAUUUAAAAAUAUAGGUGGUACCAAAAAUAAUAAAAAUAACUGUAGGUGGUACAUCACUCAAAAAGGUUGAGAACCGCUGUCUUAGACCAAUCAGGCAUUAUGUACUUAAUGUAAAAAAUGUGCAAUUAUUAAGUAGUGGUACAGUUCUGAACAGUGUUAAUAGAAAUACUCUAUAAUUUUUUAAAUGAAAGUUUUGAUCCCUAGAACUAAACUUAAAUAUAUAUUGUUCAUUUCAAAUCAAAUGUGGUAAACGACUUUUAAAAUAUAUGUAAAGGUAAGCGACUAAAUACUCCUUAAUCCAUUUAUAUUUAAUGUUACGAUAAGUAUAAAUAUGUAACAAUUUAUAUUUAACUAAAACAAAAUGGGCGACAGCUCAAACAUUGUUUGCAAUGCCAGAGUAUAAGAUUUAUGUAGCCGAUAAUAUAAUAAUAGAAAUAAAUCGAUAAAAAUUAUAACUUGU